GAUAGGUGGUGUUGUAUUAAGAUUUUAGAUGAUAUUAUGCUGUGCGGUAAUUUUUUCGAUUAGCCCAUCGUUAUUAUAUUGACAUUUUAAUUUAUCGUAAAUCUGAGACCGCCAGUCGAUCCCGCGCGAAAUUUUGAAUAAAACAGUGUUGCUAACUCAAUUUUACGAAAAUGUUAAUAAAGUGGUGUUGCACUGUUGCUUCGUAAUAUCAAUUUUUACAAUAUUCCUUUUUGAUCGUGAUGAGGAGACGGACUAUAAUUAUAUUAUAUACUAAUCUAUGAGACGGACACCGGCUCGAAUCUCGAUUUGUUAUUUCAUAUUAGAAUUUAGACAGCUAUGGUCAACGACGACGUAGUUUCGGGCUCCCGACAUGUUCUUUUGAGUUUUUUUUUCAAUUGUUUGCUGGACAAACGCCGUUAAGUUAUUAAGUUAUUUUUGUUAUUUUUCAACGAUCACUAUUAAAACUAUGUGCCGAGUGCUCUUCGACGUAUUAUUUUGAGUUUUUUUUUUAAUGCUUUCAUGACAAAACCCGUUUGAAUAUUUAGUCGUAAUAGCAACAUGUGCGACCAUCAGUGCAUCAAUGAUAAUUGCCAAUCAAAACCUAAACAGAAGCUGUUUGUCGCCCAAAAAUCUGUGUGCAGUUAUUAUAAUGUCAAGUACAGGACAGACCGCCAAGUGUGUGGGGCCUGUAUGCAGAAAUGUAUCAUAUAUUUAGAUAGGAUCGGUAGGCGGUUUAAAAACGGAGAAUGUAUACUCGACGAAAAAUAUCCAAAAAAACAAACCGGUGUAAUUGAGUUAUCAGACUCUGAUGACGAUAAUUCCGCCAGCGAUAGUGCCGUCAACAAUGAUACCAAGCCAUCAACAGAAGACCUCAACCCGCAAAUAGCUAAAUUGAGUACAUCAUUAAAUACAAUCUUGAAGGAUACUGUUGGGCCAUUAUUCAAAAAACAAGAAGAAUUAUGCGAAAGCUAUUUGAUUUCUAAAAAAGCCAAACUAGUUGUUGUUAAUGAACAAUUAAACAAAAUAGCGGAGGAGACAGAUCAGGCAAUCGCACGACUAUACAAAAACUUAUACAAGUUUGAUAAUCAAAGGAAGUUUAAGUUUGACGAAGAGGUAAGUAUUGAUGAUAUCGCAGAUGAUGUAGCCAUUGUAUCAACUAAAUUAUUACCUGGAUUGCCGGAUGGUUUACCCGAAGAAGGCAAACUAAUAAGACACUUACUAAAAGUAGGUGACAGAGUGUAUGGGAUGAAACAUUCACAAAUGCAGCCGUGGAUUGAGGCGACUAUUAAAUCGUCAGUUAGUGACACAUAUUUUAAUAUUAUAUUUGACGAUGGAGAAGAAAAAGUUUUGAAUUAUAAAAAUUUAGCAUACAUGGAUACUGCAAGCCACGCACAGUAUCCAGUAGGCAGUAGAGUGAUCGCUAAAUUCCAAGAUAUGAACAUUGAAUUGACGGAUAAAUUCUAUGUAGGAGUAAUUGCAGAACCACCAAAAUAUCUCAACAAUUUCAGGUACAUGAUAUUCUUUGAUGAUGGAUAUACACAGUAUGUAUACCAUAAGAAUAUUCGACUCGUGUGUGGUGAGUCACCAAAUGUAAGCGAUGAUGUACAUGAAAAUAUUAGAGAAUUUGUGAAGAUGUAUUUACACAAAUAUCCAGAACGGCCUAUGGUGAAGUUUAAUAAAAAACAAGUAGUACGCACAGAGCUUAACAACUCAUGGUGUUCAGCCAAAGUGAAAAACCUAGAUGCAUCGUUAGUACAGUUAAAAUUUCUUGAUAUCAAGGUAGAACACACAGAAUGGAUGUAUCGGGGCUCAAACAGGUUAGGCCCAAUAUACAAUAAAUUAAAUAGUAACAAUCAAGAUAAGCGUGUACGUGGUACGGUGUUGACUGAUGUUAAUAAGUUAUUAAAUCGACCAUACAUAGAACUUGAAAACCUGACUGAAAAUGAAAAAAGUUAUAACAAUGACAACAGUGACAAUACUCAAAAUCUUCAAGAAAAUAAUGGUGUAACUAAAUCAAUUGAAAUACCAGUAAACUGUCCAAAACCACUUCCUUACAAGCACCAUGAGUGUUCUCAUUUUUGUAUGUUAUGGGUUCACUAUGACUACAGUCAAACAAAAUAUAUGAAUGUUUUAAGCAUUCCAUUACAUUAUGGAUUUACGAGGUCUGUAUCAACAGACGAAAAGUUAAAAUUAAAAAAAGUAAUAUAUACCACUCCUUGCGGGCGUAAUAUAGAUAAUGAAAACAAAAUGUACAAUUACUUGAAACUGACAAGUUAUGGUAAUAGCCAAAUGACUAUCGACUUAUUUAAUUUUGAUUGUUUGGUGAAUCCACUAUCUUCGUUCAGCGUACCAGAAGCGUUUAUUCGUAUAGAAGACAUAUCUUAUGAGAUGGAGUUUAAAUCAAUUAGCGUUUUCAACAGUUUGAAUGACUUAGUACCAGACCACAUAAAGUAUAUAACAGAACGCAAGACAAGCCCUGGCGUUAAUUUGAAUAUAGACCCCAAAUUUGUAUGUGGAUGCGAUUGUAUUGAUAAUUGCGAAGACAAAAAUAAAUGUUCCUGUUGGCAACUUACUUACGAGGGUCCAAAAAAUUAUCCCGCUAUUUUCAAAGACCAUGACGACAUUGGCUACAGUUCCAAACGGCUACACAAACAAGUAAUCACGGGUAUUUUUGAAUGUAAUACCAGUUGUAAAUGUGAGAAAACUUGUUUAAAUCGUGUUGUUCAGGAACCACUGAAGACGUCACUGCAACUGUUUUUAACUGAAAAAAAAGGCUGGGGGGUGAGAACGCUCGCUGAUAUUCCCAAAGGCAGUUUUGUUUGUACAUAUCUUGGGGUGGUUCGCACAGAGAAAGAUGCUGAUAAUGAUUUUUCGUUAAACUGGGGCGAAUAUUUGGCAGAUUUGGAUUUUCUCGAGACAGUUGAAGAGAUCAAAGAUGGAUAUGAAAGUUAUGUGGUACAGCCUGAAGUUGAAAGUGAAGAUUAUACUAGUUCAUCUGAUGAUGAAGAGUUUAAUCCUAGUUGGGCAAUCAAGAGUAAAAUGAGUAUGUGUGAAUCUAGAAUGUUAUUAAGGAAGAAUUUACAAGAUACAAAUACAAAAAUUGAUGGAAAACAUGAACUGUCUAAGUUAAAUACUCAACAAAAAAUUGAAAGUAAAAACACAUCUUUGCUAAGGUACCUAGAUAAAGACUGUGGCAUCUACACGUUGGAUGCUAAGGUCAGUGGAAACAUAGGUCGCUAUUUUAAUCAUUCUUGUGACCCAAACAUAUUUAUUCAAAAUGUUUUUAUCGAUACACAUGACCUUAGAUUUCCAUGGGUGUCAUACUUUGCACUAUCAAAUAUUCCAGCAGGAACCGAACUAGUAUGGGAUUAUAAUUAUAUCGUAGGCAGCGUGAAAAACAAAAAACUUAUGUGCCACUGUGGGUCAAAAAAUUGCAAGGGCAGACUAUUAUAAUUUGUAUUUAUAAUCAAUAUUUUUGUAAUUAUUAAUUAAUUGUUGUUUUUUUACAUAGAGACAACAGAAUAUGUUAUACUUCAAUGAUUUACCUAUGUGUGUGAAAAGUAUUAUUGAAUAUAAAGAUUGAAAUAUUUUAAUUUUAAUUUUUCUGAGUUCAAUAUUUUGAAGUCCAACAGAUCAGUAUAGUUGCAUCUCACAUACUAUUAUUUUCACAUGUUUUUAGAAUACUUAUAAAUAUAUUAUUAAGUUAGGCAAUGUCCUAUGUUUUAAACGGAAUUGUUCAGUUUUUAAUAAAAAGCAUAUUUAUAUAAGGUUUUUUUUUGUUUU